CGCAGGACUGACACUCACUAUGUUUCCGAGCCGACUGUUUGCUAGUAGCCUAAAGCUAAUUCAUGCUAAUUCAUGUCGCUAAGCAGCAGCGAGUUUAACAAAUAUUGUUUACAGCGUGGGGUGUUGCCAUUGGGUAUUACUUUUCUAAUGAAUAUCGGAACAUGUUAAGUGAAUUGCCUCCUCUCUCUGGGCUAAAAAUACAUACUCACCAAAUUAGUCUGUGGUUGAGCCGGUGUGGCAAACCUUAGCUAACACUGACAGCUGCCAGGCUGUGUAACAGUAGCUCCUAGUCUGGGAACAGUUACGGCAGAGAAAUGGCUGAGGCAGUUGCAAAUGUGGCCCGGAGGAUUAAUGCAACGGUAGAGGAGGGGAAAGAUGCUCUGGAUCUGUCAAACUGCAAGCUCAUUUCUUUCCCAGACGGUGUGUUCAAGGUUCUGAGGAGUGUCUCAGAAAACAUCCGUGUUAUCACAUUGGCUGACAAUGAGAUGAAGGCCCUUUCCAGCAAGUUCUUUUCAACAUUCACUCAGCUGAGAGAGCUGGACCUGCAAGGCAAUGUUCUCACCAAGCUGCCCGACGCCGUGGGAGAAAUGGAGCAUUUGACCAGCAUCAAUCUGGCUAAUAACAGCUUCUCCAUCUUCCCUGAUAAGCUUACUGAGAUAGCCACACUGGAGAGGAUUAACCUGGAGGGAAAUAGCAUCACUGAAAUUCCAGUGGAGAAGUUGUCCGCUAUGCCGGCACUGAAGUGGCUAAACGUGAGGUCAAACCCUCUGGACUCAAACACUCAGUCUGCACUGCAGUCUCCCCACAACUUUGACAUUUUGUCCACAACAGAGUCCUAAGAGAUGUCAUAAAUGGUAUUUCAUCACCUUUACACUGCAUGCUGUGUGCCUUUAACUACUUGAGCUGGAUGCUUCCAUGUGCCUGAGACAUGAGAAAACAUUAUACUUGAAGAUAUUGCAAUGCUGUACAAGAAACAAAGGUGUCUUUAUCUUCUCUGCAUAAACUGCAAAGGGCUGAAAAAUCAAUCCAUCUUAAUGCACCAUUUAAUCUUUUUGUGUCUCAGUUGAGACACUUGCAAUUACCUAUUUAUUACUUUUGAUAGUAUAAAAGUUUUUUUUCAAUUAAAGCCUAUACACAGAAAA